UACGGCGGCGGCCUCAGCGUAGGCUCCGGAGCUUUGUGUGUCCAAUCUCCCGCUUCCCGGCCGGGGACGGCGGAGGGGGCGUGGCCCUCGGGAGGCUGGUGGGCGUGGCGUGCGGCCGCCGUGGGACGUGGGUGACGCGUCUCCUUCCAGCUCAGCGGCGUGUGUGAGGUGUCGCGGCCCCGCCGGUGAUUGGCUGUUCAGAGGCGAGUACCGGGCGGCUGUUGGUCGUCCGCAGCACGGGACGAGAGCCGGGGCCAGCUGGGGGCUAUGGGGCGGCAGCGGCCGGAGGAGGCGGGCGCGGACGAGCCGGCAGCGGCGACGGCGACGGCGGGGGCGGCAGCAGUCCCCGGAGUCCUCCAGUGAAACGUCUCCGCCCGCCCCGACGUACAGGGGCCUCUCGGACCGGGCGGUCCGGACGCGAGCCGCCGCGCAGCCGCUUCCCCGGCGCCACCACCCUUCGGACUCCCGGUCCCAUCCUUUCGCUCCUGCUCCGGUUCCUCCAUCUUGGCCUCGGCAGUGGCGGCUGCCGGGAGGAUGUGCCGCCUUCUGGUAGGAGGAAGAAGGAGGAGAAGAUGAAGAGGUACCGGCGGGCCUUGGCCCUGGUCUCCUGCCUGUCUCUGUGCUCCCUGGUCUGGCUUCCCAGUUGGCAUGUAUGUUGUAAAGAGAGUUCUUCAGCUUCAGCAUCAUAUUACUCUCAAGAUGACAAUUGUGCAUUAGAAAAUGAAGAUGUACAAUUCCAAACAAAGGAUGAAGGUGAAGGACUUAUUAAUGCUGAAUUAUCAGGAAAAUCAGGUUCAAAUUUACCUACUCUUGAAGAAAAUAAAUUAAGAGAUGACUACAUUGUGGAUGUACAACAUACUGAGGCAGAAAAGUUAAGCCCACCUGUGGUCGAGACACUCCCUGCGGUUGAUUUACAUGAAGAUUCUAAUAUAGUUGUGAGCAAUGAAAAUGUUGAAAAUAUAUCUAGCUCAUCUACCUCAGAAACUACUCCGAUCUCAAAGCUUGAUGAAAUAGAAAAAUCUGGUACUAUACCAAUAGACAAGCCAAGUGAAUCUGAGCAGCCUGAAACUGAUUGUGAUGUUGGUGAGGUCCUUGAUGCAGAUGCUUCAGUUGACCAGCCUUCCUUUGUCAGUCCCCCUGAAAGCCUUGUUGGCCAGCAUAUAGAAAACGUGUCAUCUUCACAUGGCAAAGGAAAGAUAACAAAAUCAGAAUUUGAAUCAAAAGUUUCGGCAAGUAAACAAGAUGGAGAAGAUCCAAAAUCUGCAGUGAAUGCUUCAGAUAAUUUAAAAAAUGAGAGUUCUGAUUAUACAAAACCAGGAGAAACUGACCCUACAUCUGUAGCAGGUCCCAAAGAUCCAGAAGAUAUCCCAACAUUUGAUGAGUGGAAAAAGAAGGUUAUGGAAGUAGAAAAAGAAAAAAGUUUAUCUGCAGGUCAAUCAUUGCAUCCUUCUUCUAAUGGAGGGCCACAUGCCACCAAAAAGGUCCAGAAAAAUCGAAAUAAUUAUGCCUCAGUAGAAUGUGGUGCCAAAAUAUUGGCUGCUAAUCCAGAAGCCAAGAGUACAUCUGCUAUUCUUAUAGAAAAUAUGGACCUUUAUAUGUUGAAUCCUUGCAGCACUAAAAUUUGGUUUGUUAUUGAACUCUGUGAACCAAUUCAAGUAAAACAGCUUGAUAUUGCAAAUUAUGAAUUAUUUUCUUCUACUCCCAAAGACUUUCUGGUUUCUAUCAGUGACAGAUAUCCUACAAGUAAAUGGAUUAAACUGGGUACUUUCCAUGGUAGAGAUGAGCGAAAUGUCCAGAGUUUCCCUUUAGAUGAACAGAUGUAUGCUAAAUAUGUUAAGAUGUUCAUCAAGUACAUAAAGGUGGAGUUGGUAUCACAUUUUGGAUCAGAGCACUUUUGUCCAUUAAGCCUUAUAAGGGUAUUUGGCACCAGCAUGGUGGAAGAAUAUGAAGAAAUUGCUGAUUCCCAGUAUCAGUCAGAACGCCAAGAACUGUUCGAUGAAGACUAUGAUUAUCCACUAGAUUAUAAUACUGUGGAAGAUAAAUCUUCAAAAAAUAUUCUUGGUUCUGCUACAAAUGCCAUUCUAAAUAUGGUGAAUAUUGCUGCUAAUAUACUGGGAGCAAAAACUGAAGACUUGACAGAAGGAAAUAAAAGUAUAUCUGAGAAUGCCACUGCCACAACUACAUCUAAAAUGCCUGAGUCAGCUCCUGUUUCAACUCCUGUUCCAUCACCUGAGAUUGUAAUCACUGAACCACAUAUACAUGACACAGAGCCAUCAAUACCAGAUACUCCAAAAGAGAGUCCCAUUGUACAACUGGUUCAAGAGGAAGAAGAGGAAGCAAGUCCAUCCACAGUGACUCUUCUGGGCAGUGGUGAACAAGAGGAUGAAUCGUCACCUUGGUUUGAGUCGGAGUCACAAAUAUUUUGCAGCGAACUGACCACGAUUUGUUGCAUUUCUAGUUUUCCAGAAUACAUUUAUAAAUGGUGUUCAGUUAAAAUUACCCUUUAUCGACAGCGUAGCAGAACUGCUGUUGAUAAAGGCAAAGAUUCUUUUCUGCCAACACAACCACCGUUAUUACAUCCUGCAGAAUCUGUAGAUGUUUCAGUAUUGCAACUUCCAAGUAGAGACUUGGACAGUAAGAAUUUGGAAAGGGAAGCUGAACUUGUUGGUGAUAAUGACUUAAAUAGCAUGCACCAGGGUGAUCUGAAGAAUCACACUGUGGAUGCAAUUGAACUUGAACCAAGUCAUACUCAAACUCUUUCUCAGUCUCUUCUCUUAGCUGUUACUCCUGAAAUGAAUUCAUUGUCUAAAAUAGAAGGAUCAGAGUCUGUUAAACACGAAGCAGGGCUUACACCUUCCCAAGUGAUUCCCCAAGAGAGUUCUGUUGUGGUUGAUGAUGAGACAGAAAAAAAGACGGACAGUUUUAGUACUAUAGAGAAGUUGUCUGUAAUCUAUGAAACAAAUAAAGUUAAUGAAGUAACAGAUAAUAUUGUAAAAGAAGACAUGACCUCCAUGCAAGUUACCAUGAAACCUUCAGAAACAGUCGUACCACCUGUAAGCACAGCCACCAUACCACAAAGUGAAGAUGGGGAAGCCAAAACAAACAUAGCCGACACACCAAAGCAAAUUUUGACUUCUGCUCUGGAUUCUUCAUUACCCGAAGUAAAAGAGGAAGAACCAUCUCCUGAAGAUGCUCUUUUGAGAGGGUUGCAAAGGACAGCUACAGAUUUCUAUGCUGAAUUGCAAAAUUCUACAGAUCUAGGAUAUGCUAAUGGAAAUCUUAUACAUGGAUCAAACCAAAAGGAGUCUGUGUUUAUGAGACUUAAUAAUCGUAUUAAAGCAUUAGAAGUUAAUAUGUCUCUUAGUGGUCGAUAUCUGGAGGAACUUAGCCAAAGGUAUCGAAAACAGAUGGAAGAAAUGCAAAAAGCUUUCAAUAAAACAAUAGUAAAACUUCAGAAUACCUCAAGAUUAGCAGAGGAGCAGGACCAGAGGCAAACUGAAGCUAUCCAGCUACUACAGGCGCAAUUGACCAACAUGACACAGCUUGUUUCAAACUUAUCAACAACUGUAGCAGAAUUAAAAAGAGAGGUUUCAGAUCGACAGAGCUAUCUUGUCAUAUCCUUGGUUCUCUGUGUUGUCUUGGGACUGAUGCUUUGUAUGCAGCGUUGUAGAAACACUUCUCAAUUUGAUGGCGAUUAUAUUUCAAAACUUCCUAAAAGUAAUCAAUAUCCAAGUCCUAAAAGGUGUUUUUCUUCCUAUGAUGAUUUGAGUUUGAAAAGAAGAACUUCAUUUCCACUCAUCAGAUCCAAGUCUCUACAGUUAACUGGCAAAGAAGUAGAUCCAAAUGACUUGUACAUCGUAGAACCCCUCAAGUUCUCACCAGAAAAAAAGAAGAAACGCUGCAAGUAUAAAACAGAAAAAAUCGAGACCAUUAAGCCUGCAGAUCCAUUGCACCCAGUAGCCAAUGGAGACAUAAAAGGAAGAAAACCUUUUACGAACCAGAGAGAUUUUUCUAACAUAGGAGAAGUUUAUCACUCUUCUUACAAGGGCCCUCCCUCGGAGGGAAGCUCAGAAACUUCAUCACAGUCGGAAGAGUCCUAUUUUUGUGGCAUUUCAGCUUGCACAAGUCUGUGCAAUGGACAGUCCCAAAAGACAAAAACUGAGAAGAGGGCUUUAAAACGAAGGCGGUCUAAAGUCCAAGACCAAGGAAAAUUGAUAAAAACUCUAAUACAGACUAAGUCAGGAUCAUUGCCAAGCCUGCAUGACAUAAUCAAAGGAAACAAAGAGAUCACCGUGGGAACAUUUGGUGUUACCACAGUCUCAGGACAUAUCUAAAAGUAAUUGAACUUUUCAUACUGGCAACAUUUCGUUGUUGUUCUUGAAGAACAGUCUGUGGUAUUUGGAGGGUUUGGGUGGGGAGGGAGAAAAUAUUGGGAAAAGUAUUCAGAAAUUAUGAUUUCUGCCUUUUUAAAAAGUAGACAUGAUCGUGUCAAUCUUGGUUAAUGAGCUACAGUUUUACAAGGCUGAUCACUUCCUACAAGAAUAAUGAUAGACAUUUUAUAAAGAUUUUUUUUCACAGAUUAAUUACCGGGACAAAAAUAAUUUGGGACCCCAGUUUCUUGGGUGGGAUAGGAAUGGAAGCCUAAACCUCUUCCUUUAGCUUUGUUCCUAUUUCUUGCACCUUCCCAUAUUUAUGUGCCUUUUGUCUAUUUAUAAUGCCACUGGAAGAGGAGGGAGAACCUUUCUGUCAUUUGAUUUCUUUUGUAACUUUGUUAGGGUUUUAAAGCUGCAAACACUACAAGGCUUUAAGAUGUGCCUGGAGCUCAGCAGUAUGGGUCAGACAGUGUAAAAUCCUCAAGACUUGCCAAAUAGAUCUCUGCUUAACAAACUCACUGGAAAGAAACACUAGCUGGAACUUAAGUCCAUUCUAUUAGGUAAAUGAUGAGGCCCUUAAUUUUAUUUUCACUUAUUUGGACUGUAUUACUUUUUUCUUAGUUACUAACUUAAUGAGGGAGUAAAACUAGACGAUCUUUUCUUGCCAAUGACUAGUAUUUGCAAACACACAUUUGCAAAGCUGCAUUACAACAUAAACAUUCACAAUAAAUAUCCCCCAAACCUUUAUAUCAAUGUGAGACCACAUCUCAUGGUAGAAUCACUGCCUGUGUACAUAUGUACAGACCAGUGGUGAGUUUGUGAGGCCUUAUCUAUUUGACAGUCUAAAGGGAUGAUUAUUCCUUGAUGUUUGCUUUGUGUUGGCUAUAAUGUGCAGAGAUACAUGUGUGUGAUGUCAAUAUGUCUGUCUUUGUUUGCCUUUUUUCCUUCAAAAAAUAAUGGGCCAUGACUGUAUUGAGCAAAAUGAUUUCUUAGUGUGUGAUUGUACAGUGAGUGAAAAAUGUUUCUUUGUGAAAGAGCGAGCAUUGAACAUUUUGUGAUAAGAGAUUUAAGUUAUAACUUAUUCAGCACUUUUAGUAAUAACUUUUUUAACUUGUCUAAUACCGUUUUCAAGGCAUUGUUUGUAAUGUGACUUAUUUAAAGCCUUUUUUAUUUGUUUUAAGUUGCUGCUUUAGGGUAACAGUAUGUUCUAGAAGAUUUAUUUUCUUUCCAGUCUGCACAAUUAGCCAUUCAGAGCAAAGGGGCCUGAUUAUAUAGAAGGCCCUUGAAAAGAGGUCCAGAUGCGAGCAGAGAGAGGGGGGGAAGAGACAGCAUCUGUGUGUUGGGGAGAGAGACUUCCAGUGUGUUACUACGGAGCUGUAGUGCCAUUAGAAACUGUGAAUUUCCAAAUAAAUCUGAACACUUGUCUUUAUUAA